UCCCUGGCCACCUUCUCCACCUUUAAAAGUGACAACACUCCCCAUCUAUUCCUCUUUAUUAUUAUCAUCACAAGUAGAUCUAGAGAAAGUGGAUAUGGGAAUGCUUAUUAGCAAAUGUAGGAGUAGAGGAAAGGAAGUGAAAGCAUUGGAGAAGGAGAUUCAAGUGAUGAAAAGAGAAAGAGAGAAAGAAACUAGAGUUCAUGAGGAGAAGUGGGAAGAAUGGGAAGUGGAAAAGGAGAAACAUAUGGAGAGGAUAAGGAGUCUUGAAAAGGAAGUGAUGGAGUUUAGAGAAGAUAAAGGAUGGAUAAGAAUGGGAAGUGAGUUCAUUGUUGAGCAGUUGGAGGAGAAGGCAAGAAGAGAAGAAGCUGUAGAGAAGUGGAAACAACUUUACCAUGCUAUCAAGACUGAGCUUGAUCAUCUCAUUCUUACUACUCACCAAGGGGAGAGAUUUUAUUUGGGAGAACAAGGAGAGAUGGUGGAGAGAUUGGAAAGAGAGUUGAAAGCAAAGGAGGAGAUGAUUGAAGGACUGAGAAGAAGUUUGACAGGCAUGCAAAUGGAAGGGAUGAAGAAGGAUAGAGAGAUUGAUAUUUUGAGGCAAAGCUUGAGAAUUCUUAGCAAUUCAAAGAGAAGCAAUCUUGGUAGAAAGAGUACUCGGAGAAGCUUGCGUUGUAGAAUUAUUCCUUAAUUGGUUUAUUGGUGAAAGAUUAGUGUAUAAUUAUGGCCAUUGAACUAGACUUGAAAUUAGUAAUACUCGCUGUAAUGAAAAUAAUUUAGAUUUUUCCUCUUUUUUUUUUCUUGUUUAAUUUUCUUUUUAUUAGCAGAUCAAGUUCAUUUGGGAAUUAAUCAGUUAAACUUUA